CCAACAAAAGCUGCCCCACAUACAUGGCGUCCACUGAAAGGGACGUUCUUGCCAGCUCUGACUUUCCUGAGCGUGGCUGGCAUGCGUGGGAAGUGGGUUCCCCUUUUCGGCAUCAAUGUGAAAAGACAACAACAAUGACGACAAAACCGAGCUGCUGUGGGAGAUGUGUUUGCCGCUCAAGAAGAUGAGGAAUGUUGGAAUUGUUCAACACAACCGGAGAGUCAUAAGUGACGUAUGAUUAGAGAAGUGUUCCACACACAUGACCAAGCUCCGCUGACCCGCUCGUACGCCGCUAGAAAAGUAACACGAACAUGCCCGCGGAUGAAGAACGGGAAAAAUUGAGCCAGGUCAUCCGAGAGUGGAACAACAACAGGCUGGACUUAUUUGAGAUAAGUGAGCCGGACAAGAACCUGGUGUUCCAAGGAGUGAUGCGCUUCUACUUGGAGGAAUCUUCGGGAGAAAACGUCGCCACCAAGUGUCUUCGUUUCAGCAGCAACGCUUCCGCCGGCGACGUCGUCCAAACUCUGUCCGAGAAGUUCAGGCCUGAUAUGAAAAUGCUGACCGACUGCUUCUCUCUCUACGAAGUACACGGCAAGGAAGAACGCAAAGUGAACGAGGACGAAAGACCUUUAGUGGUUCAGCUGAACUGGAACUCGGACGACAGAGAAGGACGUUUCGUGCUCAAGCAGACCACCGAGGACGGCAGUCAGAAUAAAGAGAAGGGAGGCGUGAUCCAGACCUUCAAAAGGACUUUGUCCAGAAAAGAGAAAAAGAACAAAAAUAAAGUUCCUGACAGACCUGCAGAGAACUGGUCACCGAAUGGAAAUCCAGAAGCGGCAGAACAAUGUCGAGGAACCAGAAGGCAGGAAGACGUCGAGACAAACCACACAGGAAGUCCUCAGCCAGACUUCUGGGAUCCGCUUGGAUUACCGCUCGGAAUUACGAUCAGUGAUCACCUGGAAGACGACUUCCUGUCCGCGGUCAUAAACUCCACCAACAGCUCAACGGUUCAUUUCAAGCUCUCGCCGGCGUACGCCCUGUACGCUGCGAGCCGCUCUAUGCUACAACGCCCGGGCUCCUCAGCAGCAGGAACCAUGGACCGUGUGACCGCGCUGGUCAACAAAAUGGUGGCCUUGAUCGGCAAGACCAUCCAGAUACAUCAGGACGUCGCGGGCGCUCUCGCCUUCUGGAUGGCGAACACGUCCGAGCUGCUCGACUUUUUGGAAAACGACAAAGACCUCAGCGGCCUCACCCGGCAAAGUCGGCUGUGUCUGUCCCACCUGGUGCACCAAGCCUACAGUUCCCUGAUCCAGUGUCUCCAGAGUGAGCUACAAAAGCACCUGCCCACCUUUCUGGUGGACCCCGAGCAACACGGUCCCCUGCCCGUCGGGAUAGAGAUGGUUCUGAACACCUUAAUGAACGCCAUGUCGCUGUUACGCCGAUACCGGGUCAACCCGGCCCUCACCAUUCAGCUCUUCUCCCAGCUCUUCCACUUCAUUAGCUCCUGGCUCUUCAAUCGCCUCAUGAGCCCCGAAUCCGGCACCCCGGGCCUGCGCUCCCACUACUGGGGGGCGACUCUGCGCCAGAGACUUAGCGGCAUCGAAGCCUGGGCGGAGAGGCAGGGGCUGGAGCUGGCUGCCGACUGCCACCUGGGGCACAUCAUCCAGGCCAGCCGGCUGCUGACCAUGAAGAAGUACGCCGUGCACGACGCCAAAGACAUCUCCCACGCCUGUUUCAAGUUGAACUCCCUGCAGUUGCACGCCUUGCUGGCAGGAUACUUUUAUGCAACCAAUGAGCCGGACAUCCCCGCUGAUUUGAUGGAGGCCGUUGUGGCGAGUGCACGGACCUCGGCGGACGAGGUGAUUGGUGGAGAAGGACGAGACAUCCGGCUGGAGGAGAGCCUUCACCUCCAUCUGCCCUUCCUGCUGCCGGAGGGAGGAUACUCCUGCUCCGAUGUGACAGGGAUCCCUCCCGGCUUCAGGGACUUUCUGGAGCCGAUCAGCCGGCGAGGUCUCUGCUCUUUGACAUACCAGAAACACCCCAAAGGGGACUGGACCGUCUUCUUUACCGAGUCGACUCCGUCUCGUGAAACGCCCUCCUUGGGAACCCGGAGUGUGACGGUCACCCUGAAGAAGGCGCUCGGCGGCGGCAUGGGGGUCAGCAUCGUGGCUGCCAAGGGCGCGGGACAAGACCACCUUGGGAUUUACAUCAAGUCCAUCGUCAAGGGAGGACCGGCAGACACGAGUGGCCAGUUAACGGCGGGGGACCAACUGCUCAGCGUGGACGGUCAGAGUCUGCUGGGCCUCAGCCAAGAAAGGGCAGCAGCUAUCAUGAUGCACACCGGCCCUAUGGUCACCUUACAAGUCGCUAAGUUUGCCGCACGCGACCAAGGUCUCGGGACUCUGCUGUUUGGACUGACUCCAGGGGAGGCUCACAGCCAAUCGGGUCAAGUGGUGCGUUCAGGGGCCUGGCAGAAAAACCGACAGCUUUAUCGCUCCCAGCCCAACAGGACCAAUUGCACCUGGAAGGAGAGCAAGGAGGAUGUGCGAGGAAACAAGUCCUUCUCCAACCUUUGCACAGACAUACGGCAGAGAGAAUACUUGACACUCCCGGCCCUGACAUCUGAGACCAGAUUAAGCCCAGCUGCAAGUCGACCAGCACUGCACAUGUUCCAGGUGUCUUUGCCACCUGUGAGAGGACACACCUCUCUUCACAAAAUGACCUUCCUGCGUCAAGCUCUCUCUCAGGAGAACUUAUGCGUGGACACCGGAGGCCCCCUGCUGGACAAAAGUCAGAGUCCGGGUGCAAAGCAGACCACAAACUACCACUCACACCUUCCGGUCCGCCCCAGCUCCUCCACCCAAGACAUCUUCUCGGCUGAAGGCACUCGCGCCGGACUCUGGAGAACCCCGUUCUUGCAAGACGCACCAACGCCCUGCGUCCAGCCCGUACGCAUCGACAUCCCCGUCGGCAGGCCGUGCGGCGUUCAGGCCAACCCUCUGCUCACCACCUUCCAGCAGGGGGCGCUGAGGGCCGGUCAAAACCCCCGCAAUAUCUACACAUGUCCCUUACCACCGCGAGCCAAACCCCAGAUGAGCAUCACUCCCACCAAGCAUGUUUCCUUCCAAGAACCGCCAACGCAACAGAAGCAGGGCGCCGGUCCGACCAGGCCGCGACACACCGAGGCGCGGGAGAGGCCGGAAAAGCCGGAGAAGACACCGAAGCUGCGAGAGUCGGAGCUCCGGGAUAAAGCCGGGCGCGGAGCCGAGGAUGGCGAACGACUGCGCCGACUGAGCCUAGAGUGGCGGUUCCAGAAGAGGCUACAGGAAGGAGGACAGGAUGAGGGUGAAGACGAGGACUUGGAUAUGAUGGUGACCAUACAGGAGCUGGACUCAAGAGUUCAGAAUAAGAGAGGCGCUGCAGCAAAUACGGACAAAGCGCAGACAGAAACCCUCGCCGCCCAAAAGGAGGAGAAAAAAGAUCACGAAUCAAGCGGAUGCCUUCUAAAAGAGCGUCAGCCGGGGGACAAAACACGGAGGAUGUCGGCCCCGGAGAAGCUAACCUUCAAGGAGCGCCGGCGUCUGUUUUCUCUGCCGUCAAGAGCAUGAAUCAACCUGAUGUCUGAAGGAAGUGUAGAAUAUUAUUAUCUUAGUGCCAUAUAUAUAUAUAUAUAUA